GCAAACAUUUGAGAAGAUGAUGAUGUGAGCACAUGGGGAGGAAAUAAAUCAGCUGGAACCCCAUUCAGAGGCUUUAUAAGGUGCAAACGUGGACAGAAGUGGAAUUUAUCUUUUAGACUUUUAUCUAUUUUGUUUGUGGACAGAAAGAAAAGACGUCUUGUCAGCAAAGUGCCAAAUGCCGACACUAGAGGACCGCUGUUGGAGCUGCACCGGUGUGAAAGUGAAAGAUUUUGCAGAUUUGUGGAUCUGGAUGGCGUCUAAAAUGGGUGAAAUGAUGUCCAUGGUCACGUCAAUGCUACUCCAUGUUCGCUCUGCUAAUUUAAUCCGUCGUGGACUUGUCUUAUUUGCUGUCGGCGUGUUUUUAGCAUUGGUGCUUUAUUUCCUGCAAAUACAACGAAAAGACGCGUUGUUCCCUGAUGAAGUGCUGGACACUUUGUUUUCUUCAGCCUGGUGGAUUCCUCUGUGCUGCGGAACAGCUGCCGCUGUGGUGGGUUUGUUGUAUCCGUAUCUGGACAGCCAUCUUGGAGAGCCGCACAAGUUUAAGCGCGAGUGGGCGAGUGUCAUGCGCUGCAUCGCUGUUUUCGUCGGCAUCAACCACGCCAGUGCCAAGCUGGACUUUGUGAAUAACGUUCAGCUGUGUCUCACUCUGGCCACUCUGUCUCUGGGUCUGUGGUGGACGUUUGAUCGCUCCAGGAGUGGAUUCGGUUUGGGCCUCACCACAGCGUUUUUCGCCACACUCAUCACACAGCUGUUAGUCUACAACGGCAUCUACCAGUUUCCAUCUCCGCAGUUGGGCUACGUUCGCUCCUGGCUGCCCUGCAUCUUCUUCUCUGGAGGAGUGACGGUGGGGAACAUCGGCAGGCAGCUAGCCAUGGGUACGAAUGAAAAACCUCACAAUGACUAGCGAGCAGCACAGAUGGAUCCUAAAUACCACAGCUAGGAAGAAUGAGACGUUUCCCGUCGCAUUUCCACUCCCUCCUAAUCUCUCGUUCGUGUUAAUAAGAGAAAAGGCGGGCGGACUGAGUGUGUCCUACGGACACGAGGCUGCAAAAUGGACAAAACAGAACUCAUCAUCGAUGUUAACGUCACCACUCGAGUGUUCACGAUGGCGUGAGAGACUGUUAUGGGGUUAACUUCCUGUCAAAAAAAGUAACUGUGCAUGAGUGCACGUUGUUGUUAUUUUAUAAAUCCCAAGUCCAGAGUUGAUUUUGGUAACUUUGGCAACGUUACGCCUUACAUUCCGUGCAGCGUUUUUUUGUUUUGUUUGUUUGUUUGUUUGUUUUUUAGGUAAGCUCCGCCCCCUCAUCUUCCUGAUGCCAUCCACUUGGCCUCACCCCCUCAAAUCUCUACAGCCAUCCACCUGGCUCCGCCCCGUCACCAUCCUACUGCUAUCCACAUGGCUCCUCCCCCCAUCUCUCUAGAGACCUCCACUGGCUCCACCCCCUUAAAAUGUUACGAUCUGGAGUUUUCACUCCAAAAGUGAUUCGUAAUGGCGCGAUUGAGGUUUCGAGUCCGUAAUAUGAAGACGAUUUAUGAAACCGACGAUGGAUUUGUGAUUGGUAAACUCGUGACCUCGUCAUCACAGUUACUUUGUAAAAGAACUCCGUAGAGUUAUGUAGCACAACUGGGUUCGGUUGUUCACGUAUACAGUGUGUUAGCCUCAUAAGUGUGUGUGUGAGUGUGAUAUUGAGAUAUACUGCACAUCUAGAGAUCUAGACUGAAUCUGAAGGAGAGAUGAGUGCAUUGAUUGUGUGUGUGUGUGUGUGUGUGUGUGUGUGGAAAAGAUGGUGGCCAAAUACGUGCUUCAUUGUUUCGAUUUUUCAUUUUGUGCUGGAAAAUGGUAUUAAAUGAAAAGGGAAAAGUUUCAAGGCCGCAGAAAAAAAAUGUCUGCCAUCCAAAGAGGAGGCGUAAACGUUUACUAUUAAUAACAAUUAUUACUAGUGUUACUUUGCAGUGAGACUCGUUUGCCAAAUGAAAUAUUAUCGUUUAAUAACAUUCUAUAUGAUGUGUCAUGAUGCAAGGUUAAUUCAUGUACGCCUUUAUAGAGCACUAGGUAUGUUUCAGUUAUCAAUUAUGCGAUAUAUAUCGUGAUGUUCAACAUGAACAUUCAGAGAAAAUUAAUUCCGAGGAUGGAAUACAGACUUACGAUGAAUAAUCAAAGAUUUUAAAAAAUGUUACAUGUUUAAUAUCAUGAUAUUUUUGUGAAUUGGCACAUGUGUACACUUAAAUACACACAUGGACAUGUUUCUUUUUUAUGAAGGUCCUUUGUUUAAAAAAAAAAAAAGGAACAUUUUUUUUAUUGCAGCCUUGAAGAUUUUGCAAUCUGUGAUUGCAUGUGUAUUAUAGAAUGAGUGCUUUUGUCACUUUUUUCUUCUCCACUUUGUUCAUUGCGUUUUGCUGACCAUGUGUAAUCCAUUCUUCUUCUAAUCGCACAAAAAUGUGCCGUAUAUUCUGGAAUGUGAGGUCAAGUUCACAACGGGACUACAAACCUCAGUUGUUUAAAGAUGCUCCGCCCAGCACAGGCUCUGAUUGGCUCACAUGUGGUUGCGCCAGAGCUGGAGAACAAGGCGUAAUAUAUAAAGUUGUUGGCAAGACUUCGCAAAAAUUAAGAUGCAAGCAGCAGUUUUUAGGACUAUAUAGCAUUUCCUAGGUUAGAUUUACACAACAAUUGUAUAUAUGUUAUAUAUUUCUUUUGCAUUAGCUUAAAUAUUUGCAUAUUUUGGCAAGACGUAGUAUCAGGAACGUCAAUAAACUGCUUGACCAGAUUUAAAAUAAUUAAAACUCAUCAGCCAAUCAGAAAAGUAUUUUUGGUGUCCUUGCUAUAAAGCAGAUUUAUAGUGAGAAUUUACGAGGUGCGCCUUAUAUUCUGGAAAAUACGGCAAUUUUUGAACUUGAGCAAAGAUUUUAAGUGCAAUCAGGUAUAACGAGCCUUGAUAUUUAUUUUGAUUUUAUUUUUUAUUUCGUAAAGGAUCAUAUGCAGUACGAAGAAGCAAUAACUCACAUUCAGAGGUAGUUUACGUUCACGCACAAACUGAUUUUAAUGACGCCAAUGACCACUUCUACUGUUCUGAGUAAAAAGUGUGUAUCGUCACGUUUUACCUGUUGAGUAGUAUUAGUAAAAUGUUUGAUAUGGAGGUGUGUGACUUUAUUAAGGCCGUGUGUGUGUGUGUGUGUGCGCACAGAAGCGGCUGGAAGAGAACAUAUUAACACGACUCGCUAACAGGACUUCAGUUCAGGGAAAUGAUGAAGACUCGACAUGAACGAAAGCUUUAUUUUAUUUGAGGAACUUUUUUUGACUUGUUUUUCUUUUUGUCUGUGUUUACUGUUGUAGUUGCAUGAUUUCUGCUAUGCUGUCUAUAAAAUAAAACGAAGUUGAAAGUA